UGCGUCAGGAGAGGAGACGUAGAGCGGCGCCUUCACCGUAUCUGAACGGACUCGGAGCUGGCGAUGCCUGGAUUUGAUUUUCCAGCUAUUUUUAGUGCUUAAGCUGUGAAUGGCGCCUAAACAGGACCCUAAACCUAAAUUUCAAGAAGAAACAGAUUUGAGAUAAAUUAAAGACUGUUGGUUAGUUCCAUGGACAAGCAAGUGAAGGUGAACGAGUGCUGUGUUUUCAUGGGCCGCUGCUAUACGAAGCUAAGUGUGUAAAAAUCAGUAUCAAGGACAAGCAAGUCAAAUACUUCAUUCAUUAUAGUGGAUGGAAUAAGAAUUGGGACGAAUGGGUUCCUGAAAGCCGUGUACUCAAAUAUGUGGACAGCAAUCUGCAGAAACAGAAAGAGCUUCAAAAGGCAAAUCAAGACCAUUAUGUUGAGGGAAGGAUGAGGGGAGUUGCACCGAACAAGAAAAUAGCUGCUGUGCAGCAAAAAAAUGUUGAUGUGAAAACAAAAAAGAACAAACAAAAAACACCAGGAGCUGGAGAAGGGACCAGCACUGGAGAACUUCCUCACCCUCCACGCAAGAAGAGGGCACGCGUUGACCCAACCGUAGAGAGUGAGGAGACCUUUAUCAAUCGUGUGGAAGUAAAGGUGAAGAUUCCUGAGGAGUUAAAGCCAUGGCUGGUUGAUGACUGGGACCUGAUCACUAGACAAAAGCAGCUAUUCCACCUGCCUGGAAAGAAGAAUGUAGACAUGAUCCUGGAGGACUAUGCAAGUUACAAGAAAUCAAGAGGAACCUCUGAUAACAAGGAAUACGCUGUGAACGAAGUGGUUGCUGGCAUCCGCGAGUACUUCAACGUUAUGUUGGGCACGCAGCUCCUUUACAAGUUUGAGAGGCCACAAUACGCAGAGAUCCUGGCUAAUCAUCCAGACACGUCAAUGUCACAGAUUUAUGGGGCACCACACCUGCUGCGGCUUUUUGUGAGGAUUGGGGCCAUGUUGGCUUACACACCUCUUGAUGAGAAGAGCCUCGCUCUGCUGCUCAGCUACCUGCAAGAUUUCUUAAAGUAUUUGGUAAAGAAUUCAUCGUCUCUUUUCAAUGCCAGUGACUACGAGGUUGCACCACCAGAGUACCACCGCAAGGCUGUGUGAGCACAAAGCCAACGAUGAUCUGUGGUGCUGAAGUUUCAUUACGGAAUUUUAUUUUUGUUUCUUUUUAAAACCCCUUUCUAAAGGAAACCCCAGAAUCCAGUGAAAGCCCUAGCACAGUUUGGUUGACUAGAAGGUGAAUCAAGACUGAUAGCAGCCCAUUGAACAGGACUAAUACUAAGGCUUAUCGGAAUGCUGCUCACUGUCCAGGUGUUGAAAUAUUUUGGUUUGUAUACACUGAUACUGUGUGAGAGAAGCAGAAUCAAGGUUAAUACUGCAAAAGAAUUUUUUUUUAAAUAUAUAUAGUAUGUUUAUUAAUAAAUUGUCCUUCUCUAA